CGUUUCAAAAUGGCGGCGAGAUUUACAACUAAAUACAAUGAGCGCAUCGCGGCUGCGUUCAGUUCAGUAUAAGUUUUCCAGGGUGUACGAUGAUGUUCGAUUUUCUUUUACAGAUUUUUCUGAUUUUUGUCGGGCGUUUUAUAACCGACGCAAGUAUUUCAACAGAAAUGGGUUUUCGGAAUCAAAAGUAUUAUCAUACACCUGUUACACUGUCAAGAAGUCAGAUACUGGAAAUAUCAGAAUUGUCAAAUGUCAAUCACAUGGAUCAGAUUUUAAGUAACAUAUGUACUGUGAGAAUUGUUGGUACACCAGAGCAUACAAGAGUGAAAAAUUAUAUCAAAGAAUCAAUGAGAAAUCUUAAUUGGACAGUGGAAACUGAUAUUUUUGAUGAACAUACACCAACUUUUGGAACCUUACAAUUUGAAAACAUAAUUGCAAAGUUGAAUCCUAAUGCUAAAAGAUAUUUAGCACUGGCCUGUCAUUAUGACUCCAAAUAUACUAGAGAAAGAAAUUUUGUUGGUGCUACAGAUAGUGCAGUACCAUGUGCUCAAAUGAUUAAUUUAGCUAAAGUUAUGCAGAAUCACUUAAAUUCUAUAAAACAUAAUGACAUUAGUUUAAUGUUUAUAUUUUUUGAUGGGGAAGAAGCUUUCAAGGAGUGGGGCCCGAAAGAUUCUAUAUAUGGAGCAAGACAUUUAGCCAAAAUAUGGCAUAAUAACUAUACUACUUACAAGGAAGACGAAAAUAUUUCCGAAUUGGAUAAACUUGAUGUACUAGUUCUUUUAGAUUUGAUAGGUGCACCAGAUCCUACAUUUUAUAAUUAUUUUAGCAAUACCGAAAAAUGGUAUUCUUUAUUAAUGGCUAUUGAAACUAAUUUAGCUGCAUUAAAAGAAUUCGAGUCAUACUCUUAUGGGCAACCUGCACAGAGAUAUUUUCAACCAUAUUCUGUGGAAGCACACAUCGAAGAUGACCAUAUUCCAUUUUUACAGAGAGAUAUUCCUAUUUUACACCUUAUACCAUACCCCUUUCCUAAGGUUUGGCAUAAGCCAAGUGAUCAUUGUGAUAAUAUAGACAUAAAAACAACCGAAAAUAUUAAUAAGAUUUUAAGAAUUUUUGUAGCAUCCUAUUUACACGUUGGUAAAUAAUUGAUAGUGGGAAAAUUCUUAUGUUGUUACUAAAAGUUAUAUUUUUACCACGAAUGACACAGUAUUACAUAUGAACUAAAGGAUAUAAUGUAAAGUGUUAGUUUACAGUGUUAUUUUUUUAAAAUAACGAAGCAUGAAAACAGCAUAUUCUACUUAACUGCAUUUACAUUUUUGUAAUGUACACGACUUUUGUAAGAUAAAUUAUUUUCUAUCAAACCAGGGUAAUCCUUACUAUAUUUAAAAAGAUUUAUAUGGACAUUUAUGUAUAUAUUGAGGGCUAGAAAGUAAUAUAUGUACCACAAAAUUUAAUAUGAAAUAUAUUCAUUGUACGA